AUGGAAUAAUACUUGUUAGAGUUUAUUAGAAAAGUAUAAUUUGAUUAAAAUAUCAAUUGCAAUAAAAUGAAUUAAUAUAAUCUUGGCAAGAGCAAAUAAUAAAAGUAGUUUCAUUUGUUACUCACUCCUAUUAAGCUGGAACAUUCAUUUCGGAAUAAGAAUCAUUAUUUGGGGAAUUCAUCCUACUAUCAACAUACAUCUCCCAGAACUAUUCUACCAUCGUUUACUCCUCAGAAGAAAAAAGCAUAGAUAAGUUUUGAAGAAUCAAAGAAUUCUCCGCAAUCCUAGUUGGUUACAUCCUUUAAAAUUAGACCAAGAGACACUCAUUAGGAGAAAGUCUAAUUGUAAAGCAAUUUGGUUAAGAUCCAAUCGAGAUUGAUUCCCGAUGAGAGUUUUGUAUUCAAAGCUAAAUAUGCAGGAAGAUCUAGAAAGGGGUUCUAAUUAAACAAUGCUUCUAAAGUGAAUCAGGAUACUUAUGUGUGUUGUGCGAGGAUCGAAAAUAAUGAAUGCAUUCAUCUGUUUGCAGUUUGUGAUGGACAUGGCGAACAUGGACAUUUGGUUAGUGGAUUCGUAAAGGCUCAACUUCCAUAGUUAGUAUCCAAGAAUAGAAUGAUGCUCGAGAGAAAUUCUCCUUAAGGGUUGAUGAUCAUUAUUUAAUAACUGUCUGAUAUGUUACAAUAGAGUCAUAUUGAUAUUUCCUUUUCAGGAUCGACUUUAGUGAUAGUGUAUGUUUAAAAUAAUAAGCUUUAUUGUGCAAACCUGGGGGAUUCAAGAGCUGUACUGUUGAAUCGAGAUGAAACAUGGAGAUUGAAACCGUUGUCAAGAGAUCACAAGCCGAGUUGCAAAGAUGAAGCUAAUCGAAUCCAGGCUAAUGGAGGCAGGAUAGAUCCCCUGAUGAAUGGCUUAGGUCUCUUUGUGGGUCCUCUAAGAGUGUGGACAAAGCAAAAUGUUCCUGGUUUGGCUAUGACAAGAUUACUUGGGGAUGAAAUUGCACAUUCAGUUGGAGUAAGUGAUAAACCUGAAAUCAUGUAAUUCGAUUUGGGAAGGAAUGAUAAAGCCAUAAUAUUGGGGAGUGAUGGAUUAUUUGAAUUUUUGAGUGAAGAAUAAAUAAUCAAUUGCAUCUCUCCAUAUUAUGAUACAUCAAAUAUUGAAGGGGCUUGUAAUCAGUUGAUGUUGGCUGCAUGCAACAGUUGGAUGUAAAAAUGCCAUAACUUAAUUGAUGAUAUUACUUUCAUAGUAUUAUUCUUAACUUAUUGA